AUGGAUGCCAUGAAGCGAUCGGCCGCAUCCGACAAGCAGGACAAGGCGCGGGUGACGCUCAUGGAACGCCAAGACCACGAGACGGGCAACGCGCCGAUGCUAGCCCAGCUCCGCAUCAGCGAGCUCGACAAGCUCGUGGCGCGGGUCAAGCAAAAGCAAGCGCUCAUCAACGACAUCAUGGCCAAGUACAACGACGAGCUCGCGCACAUUGAGAAGGAGUCGCGCAAGAUCCACGAGCGCUACGACCCGCUGUGCGCGCGCCUCGCCGAGCGCCUCGCCGAGCAGAAAGCCAACCAAGCCCAUUACGACACGAUUGCCAAAAACUUUGGCCAAAUCCUCAGCACGACCAAAGCCCGCUUGCGGAGCAGCCAAACCGAAGGCCUUCACAACCUGCGCCGCGAAGCCACGGCCGAGCUCGCGGCGACGCGCGGCUUUGCCUCAGACGUCGCGAGCACGUUUCAUCAAAAGGGUCGAAAGUAG